GAAUGUGACACAGCAGGGCGGGCAGGUGCGAUGGGUUGGCCCGGAUGAUGCGGGAAGGAAGGCGUGGAGAGCAGCGCGCCGAGGCUCGAAAGGCGGAACGGCCGUCUUUGGUGGAAGUUGCGGUAUGAAUGCUCACUACAGUUUACUACAGUAAUAGUUGCUUAGAUAACGUGUUGUCAUACAGUUAGAACGACAGCGCGAUAUUUAAGAAAGCUUGUCCUAACCAGGAGGGUGGUUGUGGUGGUCACCGUCUGAGAAGGCACUCUGGCAAUUUUUUGGCAAUUUGUGAAAUGGAUUUAAGCCUAAAUCUCAUUUAGUUUAGAAAUCAGCACAUUGUACAGGGUGUGUUCCCACUUCUUUUCAUCUCUGCCUGCCUCAAAGUAUCCUUGUGAUCCAAUGCCAGCCUUUCCUCCGUACCACAGACUUUGUGACCACUGAAGACCUCUCUUUCUCAUCUUCUAUGGAGUCUAACCGGGAGAUUACUCAGUGGUUAUCCAGUCUGCAUCUGCUCCACUAUGCCUCCAGCUUCGCCCGGGCUGGCUACCAUUCCCUGAAGGACCUCAGAGGCCUAACUGAGGAGAAGCUCCUUGAGAUCGAUCAAAUCCCUACAGGACAUCGACGAAGGAUCUUAAGCAGCCUGGAGACCGUGAUGGUUAAGGAAGAUGGAGUUGAAGUACCAGUGAGAAGAAAGCCAAUCCCAAGGCCUAGACAUGUGUUUCCCAAAGAUGGCCAUAGAGGAACGUCUUGUCUCCAUCCUCAGGGCAAUGCCAAGGAAACUGCGAGGACUAUUGAUCAUUCACCUUCCACCAGCUCUAGCUCCGCUUCUGCGCAUGGCAGCAACGAAUCAUUGGAGAACAGCUCAGAAGAGCCCUCCUUCUAUGUAGAUGAACCUAAUGAGAUUGAGUUUCAGGGAGAAAUGGUGGAUAAUGAAAUAUAUGAGGAAUGCCCUGUAGGUAUUAGGGAACGCUCUAACCCCAGAGGAACACGUUCAUUUAAACUGCGACAUAGGCCUGUACCAGAGAUCCCUGAACAUACCUUCAUACCUCCUUAUGAUUGGAAUGUGGGAGUAAACAACAAUACUGACUAUCCUACAAUGCCUGAGGGUGCCACCUGCCCCACAAACAUUCAGAAAGCUUCACAUCUCACGACCUUGUCACCCAUUGCCCCCUAUGGAGAGGUUUUUUUGUACAAUUCAGCAGAAAACAAACCGGAUAUGGACGAAGACAUGAUGUCCAAUCAAGAUAGAAAGGAGAACCUGGAGGAAAAUAAUUUGAGGAAAAAACAGACAAGGUUCCAAGAAAAACUGGACAACAACAACAAGCAAGAUCUUUCCAAGCAACAUUGCAUCGUUGAUGAUGAUGAUGAUUACUCCACAGUCCAAGCAUUUUCGCUUGACCAGGAGUCAGCCAAUGAAAGCUCUUUUAAGGAACCUCCUAAGCUUCUCACCAACUCUGGACAAUCAGCUGUAGCUCAGUUACAAACAGAUGUGAAUGACAUAUACAGUAUACCACUGGAGGACUUUUCAGAACUAGCAAUACUUAAUAAAGAAGUUUCCAUUUCACCCUAUGCCUGCUUUUAUGGGGCUCCCAAGACGGCUAGAAAAACAGGCUGGCUGGACAAACUCUCUCCUCAAGGGAACUGCGUAUUUCAAAGAAGAUGGGUGAAGCUUGAAGGAGGAAAUCUCACUUACUACAACAGCGAUAAGGAGAUGUACUCAAAGGGCCUGAUCCCCAUUUCAGCAAUGAAACAGGUUCGUCCUCUGGGUGAGAAUAAGUUGGAGGUGGUCACCUCCGUGAGAACCUUUGUGUUCCGGGCGGAGAAAGAAGGAGAACGUCAGGAUUGGCUAGAUGUUCUACAGUCGGCAGUGAGCUCCCAGUUUUCCGUUUCCCAUCAUCCUCAGAAAGAAAACACAAACAAGAACGGCUACGUCGAACUGCGUGGCCUCAAAGGAAAAGUCUACCUCAGCCUCAUGAGAACCAGCUUCAGAAUCAGCAAAACAGACCAGGACUUUAUCGCUGGACUGGCCAUUUCUGCGGUGGAUCUGACUGCUGCGUGCGUGAAGCAGGUUGAGAGAAAAGGCUUUGAGAUUACUACACCUUUCAAAUCCUUCUGUUUUACAGCAGAGUCAGAGCGUGACAGGCAGGAAUGGAUGGAGGCAGUUCAGGAGUCUAUUGUAGAGUCCUUGUCCAAUUACGAGGUUCUGGAGAAGGUUUGGUUCAACAAGUCCAACAGAAAGUGUGCUGACUGUCAGGUCCCUGAGCCAGAAUGGGCAUCCAUUAACCUCUGCGUGGUCAUCUGCAAGAAUUGUGCUGGUCAACAUCGGUCUUUGGGUCCUGGUAUCUCACAGGUCCGCAGCAUAAAGUUAGACAGCAGCAUAUGGACCAAUGAGCUCAUCGAGCUGUUUUUAGAAGUUGGGAAUAAAAAGUCGAACAGCUUCUGGGCAGCAAAUCUUUCCCCAGAGGAAGAGCUUUGCAAGCAGCCAUCGCUGGAGCAGCGAGCAUCCUUUAUUCGCAGAAAGUACAAGGAGAGGAAGUACAAGAAAGUUCUGGAAGGUCUAAACACCCAGGAGGAACUCAACAAGGCCCUUUGUGCGGCAGUGCUUCUUCCUGACGUCCUGCAGACCAUUACCCUGGUUUUUAGUGGGGCAGACGUGAUGUGUGCAACAGGUGACCCUGAGCACUCCACGCCAUACCUCCUGGCUCAGAAAGCUGGACAUAGACUACAGAUGGAGUUCCUCCACCACAACAAGCUUUCAGAUUUUCCUAAGCUGGAGGCAGUUUGUGACAGCAGUUUUCGGGCUGAUGUUCCUUCUUUCAUGGAUGGAUUUCUCUACUGCUCUGUAAAUUCAGGCAAGUCCACCCUGGACCGUAAAGGAAGACCCGAUAUAGUCCGACGUUGGUGUACGUUGGAAGGAGGGUUUCUCAGUUACUAUGACAACGAGAAGAUCGCCACACCUAUCGGCCGGGUUGACAUCAGUGAUGUAGUGAGCCUGGCCAUCAACCACACUGAGAGCAUCACAGAAACAGGGCCAGUGUUCACCUUUGAGUUAUACCUGCAGUCUCAGAGAGUGUUGGUUUUCGGAGCGGAAACAGCAGACGCACACAGAGGUUGGACGCAUGCCAUCACCAAGUGUUUUGUCCCCGCAAGGGCAGAUUCUCUGCUGACGGAGGACAGCGAGCUUAUUGGCCGGCUGUACUAUAAAGAGGGUCAUGACCUUUAUCAUUGGAGAAUAGGAUGGUUCGCUCUGGUGGGCUCGGAGCUCUACUUGUGCUCUGGAGAUGAAGAUAAGGAGGAGGGAGUCCUUCAACUCAAACGCCUGCAGGAGCUUACUGUUUCAACUCAUAUGGAAGGUGAUGAGAAAAUUCAGGUCUUACUCAUGGUUGAGAGUGGAAGGACACUUUACUUACAUGGCGUAACCAAGCAGGACUUUGCACUGUGGCAUUCUGCCAUCCAGUUAGCAGCUAGGACGGACGGUACGGCUCUCAGUAACCAGCAAAUGAAUAAAAAUGAUGUUCCUAUCAUCGUGGAUAGCUGCAUAGCUUUUGUCACUCAAUACGGAUUGUGUUAUGAGGGAAUCUACCUGAAGAACGGUGAUCCGGUGCGUGUGGCCCAGCUACUGGAGGUGUUUACAAAAGAUGCCCGAGUUGUUAAGCUACGGGCUCAAGACCACCGGCUAGAAGAUGUUACAGAUACACUUAAAAGCUUCCUAUCCCAUAGUGAAGAUGCACUUUUGGCUAAGGAACUGUACCCUUUUUGGAUUUCUGCUCUUGAUGAAGAGGACGUGAAGGCCAGAGUGCAGAAAUAUAAGUCCUACAUACAAAGUUUACCCAAGGUCAACAGGUCAACUCUUGGUGCCCUACUGCAACAUUUGUACAGGAUCCAGAGGUGUUCCCACAUCAACCAGAUGAACACGCUGAAGCUGGCAUGUGUUUUCUCCUCGUGUCUGUUUCAAACAGAAGGACGCACCCCUCAGGAGACUCGUGUGGUGGAGGACCUCAUCAACAAUUACGUCCAGCUCUUCUCUGUCAAUGAAGAGCAGGUUAGGCAAAUGGAAAAAGAAAACAGCUUUAUCACCAGAUGGAAGGACACCACGUUUUCCCCCGCUGGCGAUCUGAUAUUUGAGGUCUACUUGGAAAAAAAGGAGCCAGAAAAGUGCUGUUUAAUUAAGGUUUCUCCAAACAUGCGGUCAGAUGAGCUUGCUAUGAACACUUUGGAGAUGAAGGGCGUGGAGGUCAGAGCUCAAGACCUCUGGACCACCUUUGAGGUCAUUGAAAAUGGAGAGCUGGAGCGGCCCUUACACUACAAAGAGAAGAUUCUGGAGCAGCUAUUGGAGUGGAGCUCUCUGGAGGAUCCCAGCUCGGCCUUCCUGCUCAUCAAAAAGUAUUCUGGAUUCAAAAUGACAGACUCCAAUUCAGAUAAACUGAAAGAUUUCAUUAAAGGAGAGCAACUCAAGUUCAAAGACGGCUCCUCCAAACUGCUGUCAGGAAAUAAAUUUCAGGACAGAUAUCUGGUACUUCAGGACAAGAAACUGCUGUUGUACAAAGACAUAAAAAGUACCAAGCCAGAAAGGGAGGCUCAGCUGAAGUCUGUUAAAUGUUACUUAGGGUUACGAAGGAAGAUAAAAGCAACAAGCAGUUGGGGAUUCACUGUUUAUACUGAAAAGCAGCAGUGGUAUUUCUGCUGUAAAGGGAAUGAAUCUCAGCAAGACUGGGUCGCCUCCAUUAUCAGAGUAAAGCAUGGAUGUGACUUAUGGUCUAAAGACCUGAAGCAGAGCUCAUCAUUACCUUUCAACCUAAGCAGAGGAAGAACAUCAACGUACAGCACCACUCAGACCUUCUCAGUCAAAUAUAAAAGAGAGGCUAAAGGGAAGUCGGUCCUUACUACAAGCAGAGAAGGUUUAAAUACAGAGAAACAAAUGACCACCAACAAGGGCAACCAACCAGACUCUACUCAUAACUUGGCUGCCAGUGUGGAAGCUCGGUUCGGAUCCAUGCCGGAAAUGGUGAUUGAUCACACACUCAUAUCAAAGCGAAGAGCAUCGCUUCAACAGGACCUUGGUACUCUCUCCCAAAUAUCUCAGAGGAAAGUCUUGCCCAGCAGAGGAGCACAGUUGCCUCAGACCCUCAUUAAUGAACUAAGUAGUGUCCUGAACAAAACGGGGCGUUAUCCAAAAGAAAAUGAUUAAGAGAACGGACACAAAACGACAAAGUCUUGGUAACAAAAAAAAUCCUACAUUGACCAAUAAGAUAGCUCUAUUAUAUUCAAACCUUCUGCACUUUGAAAUAACCACAGCACACCACAGUUGUUCUCACUUAUAAACAGUACAUUAUUAAAUAAUAUACUACUUAUUGUUAUUUAAAAAAAAGGAUAAGUGUAAAAUAAGAAUAAAAUGAUCUUAUUGAGGUAAAUUUGAUCCUUGAGAUGUAAAGAAUAUGUUUGUAUAUACAGUAGGUCGAUCUUUCACUCUGGAUGAUUUUUUUUUACAGGAUUUAUCACAUUAAGCCAUAUUCCCUUAAUUUAUUUGAAAAGUUAUAUUCAGUAUUAGUAAACUUUUAAGUACUUUGCAUUGUAACCUGCAUUUUCACUUGGUUUAAAAAAACACUACCAGACAAUAUUGAUCCAACAUCAUUGAUCUAUUUAGAACAGAUGCACUUUUAUCAUUUUAAGAAAGCGGUUGUUUUUCCAUGAGCAGGAUUAGUCAUUAUGUUGGUUUUAAUCUUGAUCGUCUAGCAAGCCUUUUUCUGGCUGACUAUCAAGAGAAUCUGGUGUCCUUUUAUACUUGGAUACAAAAAUAACUCACUAUUCCAAACCUCCAAAGUUCUUGAAUAAUGCAUAAUAGUACGAGAGCGUACACACUGGAUAUUGUCGCCCAGUUGGAUAUUAAAUAUUUAUAGUCGACAUUUUAUGUAGAUUAUGAAUCACUUAACAGUCGCCCGAACCUCGUGUUCUUUGAAAGUUUGUAAUCGCGCACUUGUGCCUGUCGUGAAAACUUUAAACACGCAAAGGUCGGUGUAACGUGUAAAUAAAAAAGGCAAAUGUCAGUUGCUAAAUAGUUUUUAUAUACUGUGUAAGGUUUCUGUGGCUGUAUGUUUUGUGUCACAAGUGCUAAUGAAUUUAAUGAGUUUACUUUUCUGUAUAUUUGUACUCUCAACUCCUCUGUUUAUAUAAAUAUUCUGGAGAAUUGCUAAUUUUUUAUAUGUCUUGUCAUAAAAUAUCCUGCUGCUGUUACUUUUCAGUUUGAUAUGUUUUUAUUGUGUCUGUUUGAUGUGAUUUUCAGCCUCUAAUAAGCCAGGGGUGUUAGUGACACACCCGUGUCAUCUCCCUUAUUAAACUUUUUAUGCCUAAACUAGAGUUUUUAUAAAUGACACCAGUCAGACGUUGACACCUUGAGCACUGCCACAUGUUACGGUUUUGAUUUAAACAUGUCACCUGUGUGCUUUGUCACUUUUGUUGUGUGCUUGGUCUCACCUGUUUUUACUGCUCUUCCGCUAACACGCAUGCUGUCGCUUUUCUCUCAUCUGAAGGUCACCAUAUGGCAGGAGGGUGGGGAGUUAAGGGCACUGAAUAAUUGAAAACAUUAUGCGUGACUUUGCCACACAAAGGAAGGUCUGUGUUUAGUGGUAAAAUCCAGUGCAGCGUUCUGUUUCAAAUUUCUCUGCUGUUAUUUUGAUUAAACACAUCGUUCCUGCUUUUUUUAGUAGCUAUUGUUUACUUUCAUAUUCCAGAGCAAACUUUUCGGACUGGCCGUACCACAAUUGAGUCACGGCAGACAAAGCUUCUGAAAUAACCUUCCCAAAACCCAUUUAAAAAGGAGAUUAGGCUAAUAUGACACAAACAUUUGCUCAUAAAAGAUGCAGUGUGUCACCCUAGGCUGUUAUUUCUCCGGGGCAUUUGUUUUAUCAGUACAAAGCCUAUUCACUGUUAUUUAAGACCGGAAAGUAAGCGUCGUCGAAGACCCUCAACCGCCAAGCUUUCAGAUUUCAUCACUAAUGCAUAACCUUCCCUCCAUGCUAUUAGUCAGUAAACACAGAGCAGUCCGGAGAGAUUAGAAGAGUCAAUAAAGCAAGUUAAAGUUUUAAUUUAAGCAACAAAUAGGAAAGGUGGGACAGUAUCGCUAAGCACACCAAAGACACAAAGUGUCUCUUAUGGGAUAAUUAAUGUUAAACUAUUAAAAUGAUGGACUUGGAAUACAAGAGAGUGUGCUUACUGUAGCGUCAAGUUACAAUGUCACUGUUUCAUUUUAUUUACAGUACUGUGCAAAUGUCGUAGGCCACCAUGCCACAAUUAUAUUUGUUGUUUUUGCAAUGUUAUAGUGAUCAUAUAUAAUUGUUUCUCAGUCACUUUAAUAGAAUACAUCCAGAAAAUUCAGGAAAUGUGUAUAUAGUAUUAAAAACUAUAUAAAAAUGUAAACUAAUGUGUGAAGUUUUUAGGGUAAGCUCCCCUUCCACUUGAGCAAUAGCAGGAAACUGUAGGAUCUCUUAAACCUAAAAAAAAUAAAUCCUAAUUUAUAAUUUUAAAUACAUUUGUCUUUUAACUUCAUUCUGCUCAAAAACGCUCAAGAUGUGUUUAGUGCCAAGAGAGGUCAAACUAAACGGAUGAUGCCUCAAGAAGACAUUUAGUCCUGAAAUUUUUUUUUCAAUUUUUCCUGUAUUUUCUGUUUGUAUCUUAAUGAAUAGAUUGAAAAAUUUAUAUGGAUGGACAUUAAAACUUCUAAAACAACAAGUCUGGUGGUGGUGACCUAAGACUUUUGCACAGUACUGUAUUUAUAUGCACUUUUUUUUUUAUAAAGAAACAGUUCAACUGUGAUGGAUAAAUAAUAGUGAUGCACCGAUAUAUCUGACGAUUUUUGAUUAAUUUGAAACCAUCGGCAUAUCGGCAAUAGCACGAAAAAGGCCGAUACCAAUUGUACCGAUUGUAGAUUAACUGCAUAAAGAAAUCCAUUAUAUGUAAAAAAUGUGUUAAUGUUCUAAAAUAAAUGCUGAACAGCAAAAAACCCCUUUGAA